AUGAUGCCUAUGAGACCAUCCCAAAGCGCUAUGCGCGCCCUGCACUAUCAGAAAUACCUCGCCUCCGGUAGAAGGACUUUCGCUACUUCUUCCGUCGCUGCGACCGCCUCGCCCCACCGCUUUUCUUCUGCUCAGAAGAGAUUCCAGAGCACCGCGACAGCGCCUGCGUCUCCGGCCUUCAACCAGGAACCUCACCGCAAUGAAGUGUCGCCACUUCAAAACCGCCAGGUCCCCGAACUGGACGACUCUUUUGUCGGACUCAGUGGUGGAGAGAUCUUCCACGAGAUGAUGCUGCGUCUGGGCGUGAAGCACGUCUUCGGUUACCCUGGCGGCGCCAUUCUCCCCGUCUUCGACGCCAUCUACAACUCCAAGCACUUCGAUUUCGUCCUCCCUAAGCAUGAGCAGGGCGCCGGACACAUGGCCGAGGGCUACGCCCGUGCCUCAGGAAAGCCCGGUGUCGUCCUCGAUGCCCUUUCGGACGGUACUCCCAUGGUCGUUUUCUGUGGCCAGGUGCCCACCAGCCUGAUCGGAACCGACUCUUUCCAGGAAGCCGAUGUGAUCGGUAUCUCCAGGGCUUGCACGAAGUGGAACGUGAUGGUCAAGUCCGUCGCUGAGCUUCCUCGUCGCAUCCAGGAGGCUUUCGAGAUCGCCACCAGCGGCCGCCCUGGACCCGUCCUCGUCGAUCUUCCCAAGGAUAUCACCGCCGGUAUUCUCCGUAAAUCUAUCCCGAUGAACAGCACCAUUCCCUCCCUCCCCAGUGCUGCGACUAUGGCCGCCCGCGACCUGAGCAUGCAGCAGCUCAAGGGCACCAUCAGCCGUGUCGCCCGUCUCGUCAACGUGUCCAAGAAGCCCAUUCUGUAUGUCGGUCAGGGUCUUCUUGCUCGUCCGGACGGCCCUGAGGUCCUGAAGGAGCUGGCCGACAAGGCCUGCAUCCCUGUCACCACCACUCUCCAGGGUCUGGGUGGAUUCGAUGAGCUGGAUCCCAAGGCACUGCACAUGCUGGGAAUGCACGGAUCUGCCUAUGCCAACAUGGCUAUGCAGGAAGCCGAUUUGAUCAUUGCCAUCGGCGCUCGUUUCGAUGACCGUGUCACCGGAAACAUCUCCAAGUUCGCCCCCCAGGCCAAGCUUGCCGCCUCCGAGAACCGUGGUGGUAUCGUUCACUUCGAGAUCAUGCCCAAGAACAUCAACAAGGUCGUCCAGGCCAACGAGGCUGUCGAGGGUGACUGCGCCGACAACAUCCGCCUCCUCCUUCCCCACCUUGACGCUGUGCCCGAGCGCAAGGAGUGGUUCGAUCAGAUUAACGACUGGAAGGCUCGGUUCCCUUUUUCCCUCUACGACAGACAGACCUCUGAGGGCCCCAUCAAGCCCCAGGCCUUGAUCGAGAAGCUCAGUGAUCUUACUGCCCACAUGAAGGAUCGCACUGUCAUCACCACCGGUGUCGGUCAGCACCAGAUGUGGGCUGCCCAGCACUUCCGCUGGCGCCACCCCCGUACUAUGAUCACUUCUGGUGGUCUUGGUACUAUGGGAUACGGUCUCCCGGCCGCCAUUGGAGCCAAGGUUGCUCGCCCCGACGCCCUCGUCAUCGAUAUCGACGGUGAUGCUUCCUUCAACAUGACCCUCACCGAGCUCUCCACUGCUGCUCAGUUCAACAUCGGCGUCAAGGUUCUCCUUUUGAACAACGAGGAACAGGGUAUGGUCACGCAGUGGCAGAACCUGUUCUACGAGGACCGUUACUCGCACACUCACCAGAAGAACCCCGACUUCGUCCCUCUGGCUCAGGCCAUGGGUGUUGCCGCUGACCGGUGCACCAAGCCUUCCGAGGUUGAGGAGAAGCUGAAGUGGCUGAUCGAGAGCGACGGCCCCGCUCUUCUUGAGGUGUUCACUGACCGCAAGGUGCCUGUGCUCCCCAUGGUGCCCGCUGGCUGUGCCCUGCACGAGUUCCUUGUCUAUGAUGAAGCCAAGGAGAAGGAGAGACAGGCUCUGAUGAAGAAGCGGAAAGUCCCCCUGUACCGGGGCGUCGACACUAAUUGA